AUGGCUGCCGUUAUGCAGAGCCAUGCAGAAUCCGGUGAAAUGAAAAGGAAGCGAGGUCGUCCGAGAGUCGACAAGACCAGUCCAGAGUAUCUGGCCAGGAAGAGGAACAGAGAAAUAGAAGCGCUAGAGAGGAAAGCGAAAAGAGAAUACAGGAGACGUGCGACUGGAGACUCGGCCGCAUCCUCGUCGACCGGCGACACGACGCCGCGAGUCAAACGUAAAUACACGAAGCGGACGCAGAGUACGAAGAAGAAUGACUCGCAAACUCCAACGUCAGAGAGAGUGAAAGGCAAGAGAGGUAGGCCGAGGAAGACUGAGCAGUUGGCGAGUAAGCAGCCACAGCAGGCCAAGAUCAGAGUACGUAGCAACCUGAUGCCGCCCAGUACGGAACCUAUUACACUGGACAGCGAUGAUGAGCCGGAUCUGGGAUCACCAAGUCAAGCGUCCGACUCGCUGAGCCUAGACGAGAACUUACGUGCCUUGCGGCAUAUUCACGAGAAAUAUGCCAAUAUUGAUAAGGAUGACAUGUACGAGGCGCACCUCCUGGCAGCAAACUUCAAGAAGCCGCCGAUGGACCAGAGCCGACUCGCCAACCACAAGGACGACGACGAGGUACUAUCGGUCCGGAGUUCUGAAGGUUGUGCUUCGGUUAAGGAGUUGGAUACCAGAGUUGAGAAAUUGGAGGAUAGUUCCAACUCUGAUUCAGGCAGCAGUACUUCAGGGUCAGGCAGUUCGAGUUCGGGCAGCAGCUCGUCGUCCAGCUCGGACAGUUCCAGCUCGUCCGACAGCUCGGACAGCGAGUCGGAAGCUGGGGAUGAAAAGCCCAGCGCUGGGACUGAUGAUGCACUACCUACACCGAUUGUGCCCACCAAUGCGGUCGAGGACGACAGGUCGUUCGGCGCGUGGUCGUCGUACAGCGGCGCGUACACGGGCUCGGGCUCGGAGUCAGAGUCGGAUCUGGAGGGUGCGGGCGCGCUGCCCACUGCGCCCAGCGCUGGGGGCGAGGCGCCGCGCGACGACGACAUCAGCGAGUCGGACAACGAGUCCGCCGACAAGAGCUUCCAGUGCCACGUGUGCCGCAAGUGGUACUCCACCAGGGUCACGCUCAAGAUCCAUCGCCGCGUGCACCAGAACAAGGGCGGCGGCAACUCACGUUCUCGCACCCGUACUUCAGAACGCUACGAGUGCGACUGCUGCAGCGAGACCUUCAGCCGCCGUGACAAGCUCUGGGAACACAGGGCGGAAGCGCACCGCGGCUCGAUGACGGUGCGGUGCGAGGUGUGCAGGAAGUGCUUCGAGGACGAGGCCGAGCUGGCCGCGCACGACAAGAACCACACCGCGGACGAGCGGGCCGGGCGGUGCGGCGAGUGCGGCGCGUCGUUCCCGCGCUACGAGCAGCUGCGGCGGCACCGCGCGUGCGCGCACGGCUCGUCGUCGCCCGCGCUACCGCACGCCUGCGCGCAGUGCGGCAAGCGCUUCGGCCACGCGCACUCGCUCACGCGCCACAUGCACAACCACGCCAAGCAGCUCUACCGCUGCGUCGUCUGCAAGGCGUCAUUUGCGAAAGCGGAGCAACUAGCGCAACACCUGAACAGCCACCUCGCGAACUACAAGCGCCUCAAGCCGUAA